UUGAGUUCAGUUUAUUUUAGACUCGUGAAAAACCUUUUCUCUCUUGCUCGCGAACACAAGCCAUCGAUUAUUUUCAUCGAUGAAAUCGACAGUCUCUGUUCCACACGGUCAGAUAACGAAUCGGAGUCGGCUCGUCGAAUCAAGACUGAGUUUCUCGUACAAAUGCAAGGUGUUUCCAAUGACACCGAAGGCAUUCUUGUUUUGGGAGCUACCAACAUACCUUGGAUUUUGGAUGCGGGUAUCAGGCGAAGAUUUGAAAAACGGAUCUACAUUCCUUUGCCGGAAAAAGCUGCUAGAAAAGAGAUUUUCAAGAUUCAUAUUCUCAACACGCCGCAUUCGCUGACUGAACAAGAUUUUCGAAUUCUGGCCGAAAAGACUGAAGGGUAUUCCGGUGCUGACAUAAGUGUUGUCGUUCGAGACGCUCUGAUGCAACCCGUGCGCAAAGUUCAGACAGCAACUCAUUUCAAAAGGGUUUCGGGGCCGUCGAGGAAAAAUCCUGAAGUUAUUGAAAAUGAUCUUUUGACCCCGUGCAGCCCUGGCGAUCCAAACGCUAUCCCGAUGUCGUGGUUGGAGGUACCUUCAGACAAAUUGUUGGAACCUGUGGUCAGCAUGAGUGAUAUGCUGCGGUCGUUGGCUAACAGCAAGCCGACGGUUAACGAAGAAGAUUUGGGAAAACUGAGAAAGUUUACCGAAGACUUUGGUCAAGAAGGCUGA